AGUUAAGUCUAAUUUAUUUUCGUCUCCGUUUAUUUUCAUUAGAUAAUUCACUUAUAUAUUAAAGAUAAAUCAACUUUCGUGGUUCUUUCCUAAAGACACCUCUAAAUAGAAAAACUUGUACGAGAAGUAGUAACUUUGUGUUAGUCGCUGAAGAGUCAAGUACGCAACCCAAAUAUUUUCACCUUUUUCCAACUAUAAUUAGGGAUGUUUAGAAGAGGUUUUACAUUCCAACUCGUAGAAAACUCUUCAACAAUAUCGCAGUUCUAUAAUCUCAUUAUCUUAUUUUUUUUUUCCUUUUUCAUUUGAAAUCUUUGUGGAAAAAAUGGCUGAUGUUGCAAGCACUAGCGGGUCGUCCGAUCCUUUUGUUUUACUAGCUAGAGAAAUGUGGGAGGCGAGAUCUAAUUUUGAUAAGAAAUGUGCGGAGUUAGUGAGACUUCAGCAAGCCGCUGAACCUAGGCGGGAGGUGGAUCGUAAGAAGAUGGAGUUGGAAGAGCCGUACGAGAAGUUCAAAGAAGUUCUAAAGAAAAUGGUUGCUUAUGCGGAGAACCCAAAGUAAUACAUAAAUAUAUAUAGGUUAUAUAAAUACUUUGCUUGUGAUGCUCUCUUAUAAAUAAGUAAUUGGUAUAGAUUGCUAUUUAAGUCCAACGAGACUUUCUUGUAAAUAAAUAACAGAGAAUUUGUUCUCUCUAAAACUCUGAUGAGUUUAAUAUAUAAAAACAAGGAUUUUAUGAA